UCCCCAAUAUGCUAAGGUCGUGCCAUCAGCUUUUGAUUUAAGAUAAAUACUUGCAAAGCUAAAAUAUUUCUUAAUUACUUCGAAGAAUUCUUCUUCUCCCUUUCUAAACAAAAGCCUAAACCCAAACAAAAAAAACGAAAACCAAGUUAUAAUCAGAGAAGAUCGACAUUCAUGGCUAUCUUCAACACUCAAAACACAUGGGCCUUUGCCUUCGGCUUGCUCGGAAACCUCAUUUCCUUUGCUGUUUUCCUCUCUCCCGUGCCAACGUUCUAUAGGAUCUGGAAGAAGAAAACCACAGAAGGAUUUCAAUCACUUCCCUACGUGGUGGCGCUCUUCAGCGCAAUGCUGUGGCUCUACUACGCUACGCAGAAGAAAGACGUCUUCCUUCUCGUCACCAUCAACUCCUUUGGUUGCUUCAUCGAAACCAUCUACAUCGCCAUUUUUGUUGCCUUUGCUCCCAAGAAAGCUCGAAUGUUCACGGUGAAGCUCUUGUUGUUGAUGAACUUUGGAGGAUUCUGUUUGAUUCUCCUCCUCUGCCAAUUCUUGGCAAAAGGAACCACACGUGCGAAGAUCAUCGGAGGAAUUUGUGUCGGAUUCUCUGUCUGCGUUUUCGCUGCGCCGCUUAGCAUUAUCAGAACGGUGAUAAAGACAAAAAGUGUGGAGUACAUGCCGUUUAGCUUAUCCGUGUCACUUACCCUCAGUGCGGUCGUCUGGCUCCUUUAUGGUCUUGCUCUUAAGGAUAUCUAUGUUGCUUUCCCGAACGUGAUUGGGUUUGUUCUCGGUGCACUUCAAAUGAUACUUUACGUGGUUUUCAAAUACUGCAAAACGCCGUCGGAUUUGAUGGAGAAAGAACUCGAGGCCGCUAAAUUGCCAGAGGUGAGCAUCGAUAUGCUGAAGCUAGGCACUUUGGCGUCUCCUGAACCAGCAGCAAUCACAGUCGUUAGAUCGGUAAACACGUGUGUCUGUAACGAUCGGAAGGCUGAAAUUGAAAAUGGUCAGGGAGUUAAAAACGGCACGCACUCCACUGCAGCUUGCUAAAAGAAAAUAAUCUAUUUGACGAACAUUUGCGUUGUUGACUUUUGUAUUCUAUCUUGAUAUGCCUACCAAUCAUCAUCCACGUGUACAAGUUACGGCGUCGUAUUUUCAUAUUUUAUCAAGUGUGCGAAGUCGAGGAUUAUUUCUCUCGGGGAUUACAUUUUCCUGAGUUAAUUUUUCUCUUCUUCUUUUAAAUUAUAAGUGUAAUUAAAUCAUCUGUUGGAUAUAAAUAUUUCUUACUUUCUGGUUGAAA